AGCAUGCGCUUCUCGUUCGUAAUAGUCCUCGUCGUCCUAGGAUGCCUCCUGUUCAUCCAGGAGGGCAGUGGGCAGUCAAGCUCAUCCUCCACCUCCUCCUCGGCCACCACCACGACCACCGCCUCCUCGGCCACCACCACGACCACCGCCGCCUCGGCCACCACCACGACCACCGCCGCCUCGACCUCCACCACGACCACCGCCUCCUCGUCCUCUUCCUCGGCGGCUGCCAGGAGACGCAGGCGUGCCCGCCGCCGUCGUCUGGCUAGGGAGCGCCAGCGUAGGGAGCGGAGGAGGCAGCGCCGAGCUGAGAGACUGCGCCUGCGACUGGAAUACCAGCGCCGCCUGAUCAAUCGGCUACGCGGAUAAAGAUCGCUUGGGAAACAUUUUGGCUAUCUACAAAUCACCACCACUGAACCCCACUUGAAAAUAUUUAGAAAACUCCAACACAAUAUUUUGAAUUUAACAGCUGAAAUAAAAACAUUUGAGAAUGCUAAGGCCGAGUAUCUCUACUAUGAGGUACCCGUUUCUCAGCUUUUAAAUUGAAAA